ACUUUUUAUUAYUUCACGAUCCGGAUUGUUUCGUUCACAAGUUUUGAGGUUUGACCCGUUCCRUAGACAUAGAAAAUAACUGUGACCCGUUCAUUUUGAUCCGUUCGUUCGCGUACGACACAUCUCUGUUUUCACUAAACUCGACUAGAAAAGAUGGCCGCUGGAAAGAAACAGAAAAAAGCUUUAGAAAGCAUCAACACCAAGUUGGCUCUUGUCAUGAAGUCCGGAAAAUGUGUCCUUGGCCUGAAGCAAUCAUUGAAAACCCUAAGACAAGGAAAAUCCAAGCUGGUCAUCAUUGCUAACAAUACAUCUCCAUUAAGAGUAUCAGAGAUUGAGUACUAUGCCAUGUUGUCCAAGACUGAUGUUUUCCAAUAUUCGGGCAACAACAUUGAAUUAGGUACUGCAUGUGGUAAAUACUUCAGGGUUGCCACGUUAUCAAUCACCGAUCCAGGCGAUUCAGAUAUCAUCAAAACUAUCCCUACUGACCAAGCCAACCAAUAAUUACUGUAUAUUUUGAUUAAAUAAAUAUUAUUUCUCAGGAUCAGUA